AUGAGAGAUGAAAUAGCAACAACAGUCUUCUUUGUGACAAGAUUAGUGAAAAAACAUGAUAAACUGAAUAAACAGCAAAUAGAAGACUUUGCAGAAAAGCUGAUGACAAUCUUGUUUGAAACAUACAGAAGUCACUGGCACUCUGAUCACCCUUCUAAAGGGCAAGCCUUCAGGUGUAUCAGGAUAAACAAUAAUCAGAAUAAAGAUCCUAUUCUAGAAAGGGCUUGUGCUGAGAGUAAUGUGGAUUUUUCUCACCUGGGACUUCCAAAGGAGAUGACCAUAUGGGUAGAUCCCUUUGAAGUGUGCUGCCGGUAUGGUGAGAAAAAUCAUCCAUUUACAAUUGCUUCUUUCAAAGGCAGAUGGGAGGAAUGGGAAUUAUCCCAACAAAUUAGUGAUGCUGUUAACAGAGCCACGUUAGACUACUCCUCUGGCACUUCCUCUGAUGAAGAAAGUUGUAACAAAGAACCUCAGAUAAUUCCUAAAGUCAGCAAUCCAAAGAGUAUUUAUCAGGUUGAAAACUUGAAACAGCCCUUUCAAUCUUGGUUCCAAAUUCCCCGAAAAAAGAAUAUGAGGGAUGGCCGGAUGGGCCUCCUAGGAAAUGCUUAUCAUGCGUUGCAUAAGACCCCUAAAGGUCACAGGCCUGCUGCUGGGCACCGGGUGGAUAGGUACCACUGGGUCAACACACACUGA